UCUCGGUGCAUUGAGAAAUAACUGAGCGCGGUGAAAGCAGCGCAUUCAUUCAGGAGGGACCUUGACUGGCGCGGUUGAAGCCUGGAGAACGCGUGAUUCAGAAGCAUCAACGAGCGACGGGCACAAUAAAGAAACCAAAAAGGAAAAGGAGCGAACCACGCUGCUUGGACUUUUUGUUAACUACUUAACAUCAACGGGUUUUUUAAACUGAUGAAAACUUCUUCAGUCUAACCUUAAACAUUCCGCUUUCACUCCAGACUCACUUCAACUUCGGUUCAAUCGACUUUUAGCGUAUUUGGCGGAUGCGCGCAGCGCGCAGGAGCUAUUUGGUGAUCUUUCUGUUCUUCUGUCGUGCGUAUUUACGCCGGCGGAGGCUUUGGUGAGACAGAGCGAUCGUUUGGCCGAGUGGGUGUGCGUGUGUGUGGCAAAGAGGAUCAGCGGAGCAGUCAGAAGGAUGCUGGAAGGCAAUGCCUGCAGAACGAGAGGAUGAGAUUUGUCGAAAGGCGCUGGAACUGCUCUCCGACCUGUGCUCCAAGGGAGAAGUGCAGGACGACAACUGCCUGGAUUUCAUCUACUACUUCAGGGACCUGGCCAGACCGCGCUACACGGACUCAGAUGUAUCGGUGAGUCUGCUGUCCCUGCUGGUGACCACCUGUGGUCUGGCGCUCUUUAGCGUCUCCCUCUUUGUCUCAUGGAAGUUGUGCUGGGUGCCACUGAGUGGCCGUUUCCUCCCAGAUGUCCUCAAGGGGGCACACUUCUUGGGAGGAGAUCAACAACCUGUCCUCACGGAGGUGGACGGGGAGGAAAGGGAGUACAGCGAGGAUGGUUGUGUGAAGGAGCCAUCGGGUCCCCCUUCGGCUGUGGCUGUGCCUGAGUCAGCCCUGAAGAUUAGCCACACGUCGCCUGACAUCCCGCUGGAGACCCAGACUAAAGUGGAGAAAAACCAGGUCCACACUCUGGCCAGGGACAGGGUUCAGAGGCAGAUUACUGAGCCCACAUCGUCUGUGCGGCACAACUCAAUUCGUCGUCAGAUGAACCUGUCUAAUCCUGACUUCAAUCCAGCUCAGUUCCAGCGCCAGGACUCUCUGUCCGGUUUGGGCCGAAUAAAACCAGAGCUGUACAAGCAACGGUCAGUAGAUGCUGAAGACGGUCAUCGGACUGACAGCUGGGGGCGUCUUCACUUCAUCCUAAAGUUUGACUUUGACCUGGAGCAGCUUAUUGUAAAGAUCCACAAGGCCCAGGACUUGCCUGCCAAGGACUUCUCAGGGACCUCGGACCCUUACGUCAAGAUCUACCUUCUGCCUGACCGCAAAACCAAGCACCAGACCAAGGUGCACCGCAAGACUCUCAACCCAGUGUUUGAUGAGGUGUUUCUGUUUCCAGUGGCAUAUGCUGAGCUGUCGAGCCGCAAGCUGCACUUCAGUGUCUAUGACUUUGACAGGUUCUCACGGCACGAUUUGAUUGGCCAAGUGGUGGUGGACAACUUCCUGGAACUGGCUGACUUUCCCCGGGAAACAAAACUUUGCCGGGAUAUACAAUACGUGACCUCGGAUAACGUGGAUCUCGGAGAGCUGAUGUUCUCGCUGUGCUAUCUCCCCACGGCUGGCAGACUCACCAUCACCAUAAUCAAAGCCAGAAAUCUAAAAGCCAUGGACAUCACUGGAGCCUCAGAUCCAUAUGUGAAAGUGUCCUUGAUGUGUGAAGGAAGGAGGCUAAAGAAAAGAAAGACUUCAACCAAGCGUAAUACACUGAAUCCGGUGUACAAUGAAGCCAUUGUGUUUGAUGUUCCUCCCGAGAAUAUCGACCAAAUCAGCCUGCUUAUUGCAGUCAUGGAUUAUGAUCGGGUUGGACACAAUGAAGUGAUUGGAGUGUGCAGGGUUGGUAAUGAAGCUGAAACCCUGGGGCGAGACCACUGGAAUGAGAUGCUAUCGUAUCCCAGAAAACCUAUUGCACACUGGCACCCUCUCAUCGAGUGGGUCGGACAAGGAGCGACAGUGAUUGGAAGCCAAGGAGGAUCCACCAACUCCCUGAAGACACCACCGCCACCGUCACCAUGACCACAUGCACAAGCACAAAAAGAUCCAAUGUCACAGGAUGGAAAAUGUGGGACUAGUGAUCAGAUGAUAAUCCUGAUAAUCCAGACAUUACGGCGUGACUAACAGUAGCAUCAUCAGCGGUAGGCCGGUACUAAAACUGAUUUAUUAGGUUGAAGUAAGUUUUAAUGUGCUAAAACUACUGAAAAGGCUUAUCCCACUCCUCUACAUCCUUUGUGUCAUCACAAACCGAGAACCACUUAACAUUCCAACUGAACCACCACAAUGCUCUUAUUUGUCUUACCAAUCUGUUACUGAUAGUAUUAACAAGAUAAAGUUAAUUAAUGAAUCUAGUGUUUUGUUUUUCUUCCUUUUCCUUAGCUUAUUGAUGUUUGUUGACUAAAAUAAUUUCUUUUUAGGCAAAUGUGUUUGCGCUUCAACUGUUGAUUUGUGUGAGUGGCUGGGUAUUUCAGACAAACUGUCUGCUUUAUUUUAAAAAAAAGUUAGAAUUUAAUAAGAGUUGUUUAGAUAACUGAAGUUUUGUAUUUCUUUAUCCUUCUUUAUCUGUUGUGAGACGUUGUCAAAGUUUAACAUGCCCUGUAUGUUAUUUGUACUACAAUGGCUGAAAUGAACAAAGGGGAUUUUACUGCAAACUUUGCUUUUACCUCAGUAAAAGGAAGACCUUCCUGCAGAGCAAUUCUUAUGAAGAUGUUUUGCUAAAAGACUGAGCAAAUUGGCAGAGACAAAUAGUAGUGUUUUAUUUUGUGCAUGUUAAAUUGUCUUUCUUUGUUAACAGGAUGUUGUCAAAAUAAAGCAAAUAAAAUUUUUAAAGUUGU